GAGGGCCUCCAGGGGCCUCCUGGCACCAUAGCAACUUCUGUUUUAAUGUACGGAUCAUGCUCCAGGCCCCCGCUGCUAGACCAAUCUUUUACUAUAAUAUUUGGAAAAAACAAUAAUAAAUAUUUUUUCCCCCUACUUUUUUCUUUAUUUUUCAUACUAUAGAGACCCUCUCUUUAAUGUUGGAAGGAACUGUCAAUGCAAAAAGUUUCCAAAUGAAAAUAAGCUUGUCAUCUUUCAUUUCCUAACAGGAAAUGCGUGGUUUCGAAGUUUAAACUGAAUUUCUGCAACUUGAAAAUGUGACCGCAUUCCACGUUAUACACCUGCUAUACCAACAUCCUAUAAGAAAUAUAAUUCAAUGAUGAAAUGGGUCACCGUGACAGUCCUUGCAUAUUUUCUUCGAGGUAAGUUCAAUUUCACUGUGAAGUAUGGAUGUUACAGAUUUUGCAUCUGGCUCUAUUUAAACAGAAAAAAAACCUAAACAUGAUUUUUUGGGUUAUUAGGUAUUUUGUGUCGUGAAUCCUGUGGAGAUAAAAAGACAAUUUUUGGUGCUGUGGGAAGAGAAGUUAUUCUACCCAUGAGCCAGACUGCAACCAGAGACAUCACUUGGAUGACUGUUAGAAGUAAAGACCAUUUCGCUACAACAAACCCAGGAGAAAUAGACGUUCGAGAUUACCGGUAUGAAGGCAGACUGUCUGCAACGGCCAAUGGUUCUUUAAGAUUUACCAACCUCACCGGUGACGACCAAGGAGAAUAUAUUGCAAAUAUACUCAAAGGAAACAUGCAAUGUAAACAAGUCUACAGUAUCCAAUUGAGUAAGUUUCUGUAAUUCAUGAACCCCAUUCACUACCAAGCAUGUUUUGCAUGAAAAAAAACAUAUUAACAAAAAAAAAAAAAAUUGAAAUAAGGGAUGCAUAACUAGCAUAUAAUGCAACACCAAUUCUGUGUAUAGAUUGCAUUUCAGGCAAAUUUAAAAUGUAAAUGAUAUGCAUUUAUAAAUGUUUCUUUAUUUGUUCAUUUUUUAUAGACUAUUUUGAUGAAUGAAAACCUUUAGACAGUAUACGGCAGAGAUAGGCAGCCUUCGGCACUCCAGAUGUUGUGAACUACAUCUCCCCUGAUGCUUUACCAGCAUUAUGGAGUGCCAAACGGUGCCUAUCACUAAUAUACAGUGCUUUGUAUCUUGCAAAGUUUUACAGUGAAAUGUAGUAAAAAAGCAGAAAUACAAUUUGUAGAAAUACAGCAUGUGUGACAGAAAUAGAUGAAUAAAAAUGGUCAAACAGUUUACAGGCAUUUGUAAUGAUCCUGACUGCAUUACUUGUAGCUCCAUAUCUUCCAAGUGUCCCUAUUUAGGAGCGACAGUCCCUAUUUUGGGCCCAUGUUUUCAAUGUUCCUUUUUUCUAUCCUAAUGUCCCUUUUUUAUAGGAGCUCAGUAUUAUUUAUAUUUAAUAGAAUUUGUCUACUACCCCCCAUACCUUCCAUGUGUCUCAUUCCCCCCUCCCCCUCCCACCCCUCCAUGCAUCUCAUUCUCCCCCCAGUCCAUCUAUGUGUCUCAUUCUUCUCUGCUGUCCCUCCAUGUGUCUCACCUCCCCAUGUGUCUCAUUCUCUACUCCAGCUCCUCCAUGUGUCUCAUUCCCCCAUAUUCCCCACAGCUCCUCCGUGUGUCUCAUCCCCCCCAGCCUCUCCAUGUGUCUCAUACACCUCUCCUCUCCAGGUGUCUAAUUCCCUCCACUCCCCAGCCUUUCUUUGUGUCUCAUUCCAUCCCCCUCAGCCAUUCCAUGUGUCUAAUUCCAUCCCCUCCAGCCCCUCACGUGUCUCAUUCCCUCUCCCAGCACCUCCAUGUGUCUCAGUCCAUCCCCCAGCCCCUCCAUCUGUCUCCUUGUACCCAUUACCCUUAAUUUGACUUAUUGUCCCCAGCCCCCCAUAUAUCUCACUGUGCCAAGCCUACAUCAUGUGUCCCGUUGCCCCCAGACCCUUGUGUGAUGGCAUUAGACCCUUGGGGUGUUGAAGGGAUGUAGUAAGACACAUGGGGGCUAAGGGAUGGAACACCUCAGGAAAGGAUUAAGAUACCUGUGGGGGUGGAAUUAGACACAUGGAGGUACUGGGGGGGGGGGAUGGAAUGAAACACUUGAAGGGGCUGAGAGGGAGGGAAUGAGAUACAAAUAGGGUGUUGUAGGGGCUGGAAUUAGAUACAUGGAGGGACUGGGGGAAUGAAAUGAGUAACAUCACGGGUCUGGGGAGGGGAGUGAAUUAGACACAUGGGGAUGAAAUUACACACGUGGAGGGGAAAGAAUGAGACACAUGUGGAGAUGGAGGGGAGACAAAUGGGGAAUGAGACACAUGUAGGGGCUGAGAAGAGCUGAGUGGGAAAGAAUUAGUCCCAUGGGGGGGAUGGCAUUAGACACAUGGAAGGGCUGGAGGAGAAUUAGACACAUGGAGGGGCUCUGGGGGGGGGAAUGGAAACAUGUGGGGGUGCAGGGCAAUUUUUAGACCAGCGCCUGGUAAUUUCUAGCUACUCCCUUUGAUGCUGGUCCUUGGUCGCAGGUGUCGCAACCCUUGUGCCCAUGGUAGGUACACCACUGUGUAUGAGGAUAUUUUUCUUUUUAUGCUAAUGCAAUAAAUUACAGUUCUGUUAAAGUUUAUGUUCGGCAUUAACUAUUUUAGGUGGGUGUCUGUCAUAUUUUUCUUGAGAGCAAUGUAUUCUCUUUUUCCCAGCUUUGUAAGUUUCCUUCAAGUUUGGAGGGGAUUUAUGAAGGGUUGCUCACCUCAGGUUCGUUAAUUAUAGUUUCAUAGACGGUAACCUUAAUUACUACCCUUAUACUGUGCCUAUUGCGUUAGGUGCAUAUUCAGUUUUCAUACUUCAUAGGUGCUCUGUUAUCACUCAGGUCCUCCUUCCUUGCUGCAUUAUUUUGGGUACAAAUCCCCAUGUCCCUCUUUUCCCAAGGAUAGCCACUGGAGCCAGUUGAACGAUGCCUCAUGGUAGUUCCGUGAGCAUCCCGCCGCAGGCAAGAUUAGCUCUUCUAUACGUCUUAUGUCUUCCACCCUGUUCAUCCACUCUCUCAGCUGUUGUUUUUUUUCCAUUGUCCUGGGAUAAGGCUGGGGGCUGCGUUCAGUAGGUGCAGUAUGGCUGUUUUUUUCAGUUUGUGUGUUGGUAGAGUGGUUAGUUGGAGUAGGUACGUUUCCAGUGUGAGUUGAAGGUUUAUGUCUGUGAUGGACGUUAGGACCUUAUGUAUCUCCUCACCGCAACGGUUGUCAUGGGCCCGGCGGUCCUGGGGGGCCCGGACUGCUCAGGUCGUCCGGGCCCCAGAUUCAGUGUGUACAUACCGGGUCGCAGGGUGCCCUGCGAUCCGGUAUGUACCCACAGGGCCAGCCUCUUAUCCUGGGGGGCCCAGCAGCCGGUCACCUCAGGGCCCCCCCAGAGGCUGGCCCUGAAAGCCGGCUGGCGCGCGAGGGAGCACUCUCUGUGUGCUUCCUCUUCAGCUCCCUCGCACACCGUACUGAUGCCGGAGCCGGAAGAUGAUGUCAUCUUCCGGCUCCGGCAUCAGUACGGUGCGCGAGGGAGCUGAAGAGGAAGCACACAGAGAGUGCUCCCUCGCGCGCCCACCGGGGUGUGUGGGGGGGGAGGAGGAGGAACUGGGAGGGGAAUUGAAAAUGGGAGGGGGAGGAGUUAAAUGGGGAGGGGAGGGGGGAGUGAAAAUGAAAUUUGAGGAGGGGGGAAGGAACGAAAUGGAGGGGAAUGAAAUUUGAGGGGGGGGAAGAAAUGAAAUUUGAGGGGGGGACAGGAAUGAAAUUUGAGGGGGAGGGGGACAGGAAUGAAAUUUGAGGAGGGAAGAAUCGAAAUUUAUGGAAGGGGGGAAGGAAAUGAAAUUUAUGGAAGGGGAAGGAAUGAAAUUUGGAGGGGGUGGGGAGAGGAAUUCAAAUUUGAGGGAGGGGGGGAAAUGAAUCUCAAAUUUGGAGGGAGGGGGAGAGGAAGGAAAUUUGAGGGGAUGGAGGGAAAGGAAUUAAAUUUGAGGGAGGGGGGGAGAGGAAGGAAAUUUGAGGGAGGGAGAGAGGAAGGAAAUUUGAGGGACGGGGGAGAGGAAGGAAAUUUGAGGGACGGGGGAGAGGAAGGAAAUUUGAGGGACGGGGAGAGGAAGGAAAUUGGAGGGGAGAGGAGGAGGGGAAGGAAAUUUGAGGGACGGGGCAGGGGAAAGAAAUUUGAGGGACGGGGAGAGGAAGGAAAUUGGAGGGGGGAGAGAGGAAAUGAGGGGGGAAGAAGGAAAUUGGAGGGGGAGGGAGGGGGAGAAGGAAAUUGACGGGGGGAGGGGGAGAGAUUGACAUCCAUCACACACAAUGCACACCUUGCACACAGAAAAACACACAAUGCAUUACACACAGACACACGUACACAAGCAAUGCAUCCCUUACACACAGCAACACACAAUGCACCCCUUACACACACUCAAUGCAUCCCUUACAGACGCACACACUGCAUCCCAUACAUACACAAACUCAUCUUGCAGCCCUUACACAUACAAACACAGAUUCACACAAUGCAUGCCUUACACACAUCAGGACAUCCCCCACACACACACUCCACUCCCUGUGAACAAACUCAUUGGUGGAACAUGAAGGUGGACCCUGGGACCCAGACCUUGAGCUGUGUAAAGGGCCCUCAAAAAAAUGGAGCUGCUUCCCGUUCUCCCAGAACAGUGAUUUUUGUGACCAGUUACAAACCGCCUCCAGAGAGCCUGUUGUACACCAGACCAGUGGAGCCAGACGGCAGCUAGAGCCCAUCAUCAUCCUCAUCUGGUUGUAAGUAGGCAAUCUAGUAUAUUAUUCGUGGCACUAAUCUCUAAUUUACCUCACAUUAAAGGGACACUAUCUCAAAUCUUGGGAGAGAACGUCCUUCCCUCAGCCAGAGCAUGGGUAUUUCAGCAUCACAAUGACCCAAAACAUACAGUAUAGGCAAUAAAGGAGUGGCCCAAGAAGAAGCACAUUAAGGUCCUCGCGUGGCCUAGCCAGUCUCCAGACCUUAAUCCCAUAGAAAAUCUGUGGAGGGAGCUGAAGGUUCGAGUUGCCAAACGUCAGCCUCAAAACCUUAAAGACUUGGAGAGGAUCUGCAAAGAGGAGUGGGACAAAAUUCCUUGUGAGAUGUGUGCAAACUUGGUGGCCAACUGCAACAAACAUCUGACCUCUGUGAUUGACAACAAGGGUUUUGCCACCAAGUACUAAUUUUAAGGGGUCAAAUACUUAUUUCACUCAUUGACAUGCAAAUCAAUUUCUAUCUUUUUUUGACAUAUGUUUUUCUGUUUUUUUUUUUUUUUUGUUAUUCUGUCUCUCACUGUUAAAAUACACCUACCAUUAAAAUUAUAGACUGAUCAUUUCUUUGUCAGUGGGCAAACGUUCAAAAUCAGCAGGGGAUCAAAUACUUUUUUUUCCUCACUGCAUAUUAGUUUGGAUGGAUAUUUCUCCUCCGCUCCCCCAUUUUUUCUCCUCGCUCGCC